UUCACCGACCUUCCACCGACUUCAGUUUCGAUUUAAUAUAGACAAACCAACCACGGCAGAGAUUGAAAGGUUAAGAAGGGAACAGACGGCUCUUCUUCUCUUUUCCUCUGGUUUUUUUCGUCUCCUUGUGUUUUUAUCCUCCAUUGAAAGAUUAUUUACACCGGCAGUUUGAUCUCCAUUAUUCAAGAUGCCGGCUACAGCAGGAAGGGUUCGCAUGCCUGCGAACAAUAGGGUGCACAGUAGUGCUGCCCUACAGACUCAUGGUAUAUGGCAGAGUGCAAUCGGGUAUGACCCGUAUGCACCCAACAAGGAUGAUUCCAAAAGUUCUUCCCAGCAAAAGCCCUCAAAUGCUGAACCUGAGGCUGAGAAUGCAUACGCCAGCUUCCAGGGCCUUCUAGCUCUUGCCCGUAUCACGGGUUCCAAUGCUGAUGAGGCUCGUGGUGCUUGCAAGAGAUGUGGCCGUGUUGGGCAUCUCGCUUAUCAAUGUAGAAACUUUUUGAGUGUUAAGGAUGAUAAUAAGGAGAAGGACCCAGAAGCAGUCCAGGCAGCAGUUUUGUCUGGAUUGGAAAAGAUAAAGGGAAAUGGAAAAAUUGCAGUUGCGAGCAAGGAGAGCGAGGAAGAGGAGGAAGAGAGUGACACUUCAGAUUCUGAUGUGGAUUCCGAGAUUGAGAGGAUUAUUGCUGAAAGGUAUGGUAAGAAGGGCAGUAGUAAGAGGAGGUCAUCUAGGAAGGAGGAAAAUUCUGAUGAAGGGUCAGAUUCUGAUUCUGGGGAAAGGAAGAAAAGAGGAAGGUCAAAGAAAAGGAGGAGUAAGAAGAGAGAGUCUAGUGAUUCAGAGGAUGAGGAUGAAUGCAAAAGGAAGAGGAGGAGGAGGGAGAAGAGGAGGAAGAGGGAUGAGUCUUCUUCAGAGGAGGAAGAUAGGCGGCGCCACAAGAGGAAGAGCAGGAAGGAGAAGAGGAGGAGGAGAAGUCAUAGAUAUUCUGAUGAUUCUGAAUCAGAUGCUUCUGAUGACUCUGGUAGAAGGCACAGGCGAAAGAGCAGGAAGCCAGCAUCUCCAUCUGAUUCUGACUUGAGUGGCUCUGAUGACUCACGGGUUGGAAGGGGUACAAAGCGAUCUGAGAAGCGGAGCAAGAAGCGCCACCAUGAAGAGGAUGAGUGAACUCUUACCAGUGAAAGGAUUCGAAGGUGAAAUUGGGGGUGAGUUGUAAGAAAUAGAGCCAGCAGUGAUGCAAUUGAAGCACAGUUUCAUGUUGGUGUAUAAGUAUCUGAAAAUUUGUUUCUAUCAAAUUUCUUUUAAAAAAUAGUAAGAAUGGAUGCUCUAAAAUUUGUGUUUGAGGUGUGAAAAGAGCCUAUAAAUUAGUCGCAGUGUUCAAUGUUUUGUAUGAAUCCUCUUUUGUUUUCAAUUGCAUGCCUGAUUAUUCA